ACCCGUGAAUAAACCCCAUAAAAAUACAUAUUAGCUACAAACCAUUAUUUAUCAGAAUCAAUUAUUAUUAUCAUUGAUCUAAAUAAUUGAAAUCUAAAUAAAAAUAAAAUCAUUUAUAUAGGCGUGUGUUUUACAGAAUAAUCUCAGUCUAAUUGUCCAAAAACCAAAACAAAAAAACCCCUCACAACAAAAAAAUAAAUAAUUAAAUAAAAUCGGGUGAUAAACUGAAGUCGGGUCCGGUCCACUAGAUGGCGCUGUCAGGCCGCAGCUCGGCUGUGUAUCCAGCAGUGGUGUUCAGGUAACGUUACGGUACCGCCUCUGCCGCCGGUCCAGCCAACAUGGACAACAUGCCGCUUUCAAACAGACUCGUCACACCGCUGCAACUUUCCCUCCGCGUGCGUGGACCGAGAUGAUCUGAAGCGUUUCCUCGACGUGACACACACACGCCACAUGACCGACGCUGAAUCCUAAAAACCCUGAGAUGUGGACGGGACUCACCUGAGUGGACUAAAGGUUCAGAAGAAACCUCAACUUACAAACCAGCCUCUUUUACAUUUUUAUAAGUGGAGUAUUUUUAACCCCGGGUUUCAUUAAAAUGGGUGUGCUGUGGACCAAGUACGUUUUCUUCCUGGCGUGUUGCUCUGGAUUCACGUUUGGGAGUCCAAACAAAUGCGACGAAGUGCGCAAAGUUUUCCAACUCAGGCAAAUUGGACCAAAUCAAUUAUUGCCUCUGAGCCCCAGACCAGGUUCAGACCUUCAGGUGUGCAUGUCCAAGAACCUGACCUGCUGCACCAAAAAGAUGGAGGAGAAGUACCAGGUGGCGGCCCGGAGAGACAUCCAGAACCUCCUCCAGACGUCCAGCUCCAGCCUCAAGUUCCUCAUCUCGCGCAAUGUGGCUGCUUUUCAAGAGACCUUCGAGGCUCUGAUGAGGCAGGCGGAGAAUCACACGAACGUUGUCCUCCAGGAGUCGUACCGCAACAUGGCUGACGAGGCCGUGGGCCCUGUGCGGGAACUCUUCACUGACAUUAGUCUCUUCCUGCUGGGGUCUGAGCUCAACGUUGAUGACUUGGUGCAGCGAUUCUUCGAGGCUCUCUUCCCGCUGGUCUACAAUCACCUCAUCAACCCAGGCCUCAGCGACAUAUCGCCAGGCUACGCCGAAUGUGUAAGGUCGUCCAGCCGGGAUGUGAGACCGUUUGGUGGGGCGCCCAGCCUCCUGGCUGAUCAGAUUGCCCGCUCUGGGGUCUCUGGGAAGCUUCUCCUUCAGGCGCUGCACCUCGGUAUCGAAGUCAUCAACACCACAGACCACUUACCGCUGAGCCGUGAAUGCAGGCGGGCCCUGCUCAAGAUGCACUACUGUCCUCACUGCCAGGGUUUAACCCAGUCCAAGCCGUGCAUGGGUUACUGCCUCAACGUGAUGCGGGGCUGCUUGGCAAGCAUGGCGGAGAUUGACACCCACUGGAGGGAGUUUGUUCGCUCGUUAGAGGGCCUGUCAGCACGGAUGCACGGGCCUCAGGAUUUGGAGCAAGUGCUUCUGGGAGUUCACACACUGCUUCACGAUGCUGUCGGGCACGCACAGAAAAACGGACCCCGCCUCUCGGCACAGGUGCACAAACUGUGUGGCCCACCGAGCAGGAGGCCUGCGCAGUCAGUCAGCAUCCAGCACAGCAGCAGCAGCAGAGAAUCCAUCCCUCUUAAAGCUCUUGUCAGAGCGUCAGGGGACUCGCUCGCUGUCAGGAGGAGGGACUUUCUGAACAGUCUGCGUCUGUACCGCACGUACUAUGGUGGCCUGGCGGAUCAGCUGUGUGUGAGUGAGCUGGCCUCCGGUGACGGGCUGUCCUGCUGGAACGGAACCGACAUUGUGAAAAGCUACACCCUCCGUGUGGUUGGCAACGGGAUCAAGGCUCAGAGUGCCAACCCUGAAGUCAAAGUGAAGGGAGCAGAUCCUGUAAUCAAUCAGAUCAUUGACAAGCUGAAACACAUCAAUCAGUUGUUGCAGGGGAAGUCCAUUCCUAAACUGGGAUCACUGGACCAGAUUGAAACAGGAAGUGGAGAUUUAGAAGGACGUUACAGCGGCGACUGCGACGAUGAGGACGGCUGUGGGGGUUCAGGUGGUGGUGAGGUUCAGAGGAAAGUCAGAGUCACCAAAUGUAAGUCUCAUUCUUUCAUGAUUUUAUUGAAAAAUUGA